GUGUCAGGGAGGAAGCGCGCUCUGUGAUUGGUCAGUGCCCGCACGGCGAUUUAGCGCCAGUUUUGAGGACAUCCGCCAGCAGCAGAGAUGUUCGUUAGCGAUCUCCGCAAGGAGUUUUACGACGUCAUAGUGAGCAAGCGUGUGCUUCUCCUUGUCGCUCCUGAUGUCGAUGCUUUGUGUGCAUGUAAAAUACUGCAGGCUUUGUUUCAGUGUGACCAUGUCCAAUACACAUUGAUUCCAGUUUCUGGAUGGCAAGAACUUGAAAUAGUUUUCCUUGAGCACAAAGAACAGUUUCAAUAUUUUGUUCUUAUAAACUGCGGUGCAAAUGUUGAUCUUCUGGAGACUCUGCAACCACAGGAAGAGACAAUCUUCUUCAUAUGUGACACCCACAGACCAAUAGAUGUAGUAAAUGUUUACAAUGACACACAGAUAAAGUUGCUUAUAAAACAGAAUGAUGAUCUGGAAAUCCCUGCCUACGAUGAUAUUUUCCGAGAUGAUGAAGAUGAGGAGGAUGAAGAUGAUUCUGGGAAUGAAAGUGAAGGCUCAGAGCCUUCUGGAAAGAGGAGGCGCUUUGAUGAGGGAGCUGUAGAAAGAAGAAUUGAAAGAAGACGUCAGCGAAGAGAGUGGGAAGCACGUAGGAGGGAGAUCCUUUUUGACUAUGAACAGUAUGAAUACCAUGGAACAUCUUCUGCAAUGAUGAUGUUUGAAUUGGCCUGGAUAAUGUCAAAGGAUUCCAAUGACAUGCUAUGGUGGGCAAUCAUUGGACUGACUGAUCAGUGGGUUCAAGACAGAAUAACUCAGAUGAAAUAUGUGACUGAUGUGGGUACCAUCCAACGCCAUGUAUCCAGACACAAUCACCGUAAUGAGGAUGAGGAAAACUCCCUGUCCAUUGACUGCAUGAGGAUAUCCUUUGAGUACGAUGUGCGACUUUCCUUGUACCAGCACUGGUCAUUAUUUGAAAGCAUCUGUAACUCCUGCUAUACGUCCUCCAGUCUGAAGCUUUGGUCAGUGCAAGGCCAGAAGAAGCUGCAAGAAUUCUUGGCUGACAUGGGGCUUCCUUUGAAACAAGUAAAACAGAAGUUUAACUCCAUGGACAUUUCCUUAAAAGAAAAUCUUAGAGAAAUGAUUGAGGAAUCUGCCAACAAAUUUGGGAUGAAAGACAUCAGGGUGCAGACCUUCAGUGUGCAAUUUGGUUAUAAGAAUAAGUUUCUGGCCAAUGAUAUUGUGUUAGCUGUACUCUCUCUCUUGGAAAACACUGAAAAAGAUGAACAAGGGACUGAUAACUUUAUCAAUGCUUUAGACAGCUUGUCCAGGAGCAACCUUGAUAAACUGCAUCAUGGCCUUGAUCUAUCUAAGAAGUUACUGCGUGCCAUUCAACAGACGGUAGCCAGUUGCAUAUGCACUAAUCUUAUUCUAUCCCAGGGUCCUUUCCUGUACUGUUAUCUUAUGGAGGGGACCCCAGAUGUCAAGAUGUUUUCUAAGCCUGUUUCCUUGAGUCUGCUCUGUAAAUACUUGCUGAAAUCCUUUGUCAGUUCUACUAAAAACAAGCGAUGUAAGCUACUCCCUCUGGUUCUGGCUGCUCCAUUGGAUGUUGAGAAGGGGACUGUGAUUAUGGUGGGAAUUCCUCCAGAAGUCGAGAGUUCUGACAAAAAGAAUUUCUUUGGUCGUGCAUUUGAGAAAGCUGCAGAAAGUACAAGCUCUCGGACACUUCACAAUCAAUUUGAUAUGUCUAUAAUUGAACUGAGGACUGAAGACCGCAGUAAAUUCCUGGAUGCUCUCAUUUCUCUCCUCUCAUAAGGUGAAAUUCUUCUUACUCAGUGGGGCACGGUGUUCUGUCAUGCUUGUCUCCAUGUAAAUGUGCUGUUUUUAUCUUUUUUUAAAUGUCUUUUUAUAUGCAAACUUUAAAUUAUGUUUGUUUUUAUUGUAUGAUGUUUGACUAAUCCUUUCAUAAUGUAAAUAAAACUUGUUGAAG